AUGAAAUUAGAGCCAUUGGAUUUACCAAAACAAACCAAAGAUGGUAAGCCCCUCUCUAAACAACAACUACUUCAACAACAAAAACUACUUGAGCAACAACAAAUUCUUCCACAUGAACUUCAACUCAUUCAAAAACAACACACUCAACAACAAAAACAACUUCAACAACAACAACUGAUGCAGCCACAACCAAUUACUACCUCUUCGCAAUUGGAUAUUGGGGGGUUAUCUUUGGUACAGCCACAACCAAUUACCUCUUCACCAUCUUUUAUGUUUGGUGCUAGUAGUAGUAGUAGUAAUAUACCCCUUUUGGUUAAUCCUUUUCAACAUAUUAAAGAUCAAGAGGAGCAAAAGCUUAAAGAAGAGUUGGAACAAAAAAUUAAAGAAGAAUUGGAGCAAAAAAUGAAACAAGAAUUUGAAGCAAUGAAAAAGCAAAACGAAGCUCUUUUACUCUUGAAUGAUCAACAAAAACAAACUAUUCAACAACAAAAUGGUCAGAUAAAGAAAGAUGGUUCUGAAAAACAAAGAUUACAAUCACGAUUUGAUGCACUCGAUAAACAACAUCAUCUCUUGCAAGAACAAAACAAAGGAUUACAAUCACGAUUUGAUGUACUCGAAAAAAAAGCCACUCAACAAACAAAAGGAUUACAAUCACGAUUUGAUGAACUCGAAAAACAACAUCGACACUUGCAAGAACAAAAGAAAGGAUUACAAUCACAAUUUGAUGUACUCGAAAAAAAGGCCAUUCAACAAAAUACAGCAUUACAAUCACGGUUUGAUGUACUCGAAAAACAACAUCAACACUUGCAAGGUGACAAUUUGGAAGAGUUGGAUUAUAAAGAACUUCAAACGUUGGUAGAGACUAAUCAAAAGAGCCUUCCUAAAUUCUACCAACAAUUGAUGGCAAAGGUAGACAAGCUUCAAAAAGAGAAAAGAAAUUUGGAAGAACAAAAACUCUGUUCCAUCUGUCUCGAUAAUCCAAUCAAAGUUGUUCUUUCACCUUGUGGUCAGUUGCUUAGAUAA